AGCGACUCUUCGCCGUGACAGGCUUCGAGAGUUCGAGAGUUGCCGACUAGUUGACGCAAGUACUUUUCAUCUUCAGUAAAUGAUAACGGGAGAACAAUUUCCUUGGUCACAAAAGAUAGGAAGUAUGUAAGGAUAUUGCUGAUUCAAGUUUAAAAUUUCACAGUUUUCGCUACUGCUUGUCAACGCAGAGUAUUUGUAGAAAGGCGUUGGUGAAGCGUUCGCCUACACAGUCGCUGGACUUCGACAUUUCUGACAAAAUGGCUUCAAAUGCCGGUAUUUUAUUGGUAAGAACUUAUGAAAGAAGCAACGUUUAUCUUAUUUGAAUAUUGUUAUUGUGUACUAGUACGGCGAACUAUACUUCGUCUAAUAUUACAGUCAUGCAGUACUUCUAAUUUCACUACUUCAGCGAAGAGGGCCAUACAUAGCAUAUUAAUUGUACAGGGUAUAUACGGUAUGAUUGGGUAUGACACGAGUCGACUUGUGACAAUGGCAUUCCCGCCAACAAGACUAGCUGUUCUGUCCAAAAUUCACAAUAGUAUUAUUUGUACAAUGUCAAUGAAUGCUAAAGGCAGCCUUUCAUGCAAUAGCAAUCUUUUCAUUUGACUGUGAUAAAUUAAUAUCGGUUUUUAUUAGUUUUAAGUAAGUUUCUCUUUCGGCUUUCUUAUAUGGCACACGUUCCCGCUUGGUUCCUGAUGAAAAACUCGUUAUAGCCGGCUAUGGCAGAAUUGUUUCUAUAGUAUAUUGCAUAUAUUAGCUAUGACCUAUGUGUAUAUGUCUCUCUAAUAUUAUGCAGUCUAUAAACAUCGUAAGCAUUUUAUUUUUCUUCCAACUGGAACUUUUUAACUCGAUUUUGUUCAAUCAAUAGUGCAUGUAAUACAACUAUCGUGUAUGACUCGCACCGUUACUAAUAAUGGCAUUGCCAUUGACAUUGUAACAUUAAGUAUAGAGCGUCAAGCGGAUACUUGAGAUAAGCGCGAGUGGGCUGUGUUUGUUUUGAGCUAGCCCCUAUAAUAUCGGCGGUUAUACUGCAUGACAUGCAGGUACUUCGGUUUAACUUGCAGGUGUCGGAGAACUUUUUAUAUUUGACACGUCUUUAAAACUAAAAUCUUAGAAUAGCGCCGUUAUAUUAACAUGCAAACUGAAUACAAACGAAAAGGGGUUUACUCCAUCAAUAUUGACAAACCGUCGAAAGUUUUAUUAUUUUGAUUUUGAAUAGAGCUGAAGGUGGACUCGUACCUUUCUUCCAUAUUUGAUCUAUAUUUUAGCCUAGAUAUUAAGCCUGAUUGGCCAAGCUCAAUAAGUGUGCUUUAAUUUUAAUUAAAUGAGGCUUUACCUAUCGAAAACAUGGGAUUAACGUAGACAAGUUUUAAAGACUUUAAGAAUUACGCGUCGAUCAUACAUAAUCGUCAAUGCUGGAUGCUAAAUUAUUCAAAUAAUGUAUACCUAAUUUGAAUAUUAUCGUCUCCAAACAUCAACAAUCCGGCGUUGCUCUCUUUGAAAACAAAAUAAAGUGAUAUUUGGAAAACGAUAUAGUAUCGAAGAAUUAUAAUUGGAAGACGUUCUUAUCGACUAUUACACGUAUACACAGAAAUUAGACACGCUAACAGCUUCAUCUUGCCACGGCCAUUUUUUUUUCGUAUAGUCCAUACUAUAUAAAGUGAUGAAUUUUUAGUUGUAACUUACAAUGUUUAGUCCAAGUAAAUGGAUUUACAAAUGGAAAGCAAACGAUUUCAAAUGAAUAUAACAUCUUCAGGAAACAAUGUGUUUGUUUUGUGUUGAAAUUGAAUCAAUUGCACGACGUUUUUGAACACUUUGCAGUAAAUACAGUUCUGUUUCCUUGUUUGCUGAUUUGCAUUUGAGUUAAAUAUGGUUCUACUAACAGUGGUAUGUAUGGUCAUAAUGUUUUGUGUUUUAUGUUAUUUUUUUACAUCAUGAAAAUAAAAAUGUUGAGGUGUAUCAGAUGCCCCAGAAUCCAGAUCGACAAGUGUAUUAUCGCGUGUACUAUAUAACGAUAUAAUAAGUGUUCCAUCUUAGUGAAUUAUUCGAUACUCAUUUCCUUUGGCUUUGUGUGUGUAAAAAAGAGGCCAAUGGUGUACAGAACCAACGUCUUUGUCUUCUAUUUCUAUCAGCACGUGCAAAAUUUUACUGUAUGUUGCUAUAGUAGUAUAGUCUAUACAUGUAAUAUGGCAUAUUUGGCCAAUUAUAAGCGUUAACAUGCAGAGUUGCACCUUUUAAAACCUUGUAACUAAACGUGUAACUAUAACCUUGCUAUAUACAAGCUCGAUUGCUCUAAUCCAUAUCCCAAGUGCAUGCUGCAUUCAAUGAGUGAUGAACUAAAGUUCAUUUUCCACGCGAAAAUGACCGAAUCAUGCACAUGGACAUGGUUGGUAUAAUUACUAUUAUGCCUUAUGGAAGUGAUAUUUCAUUCGCUUAAAUAAAAUUCAAAAAAUAUUUUUUUAUAAUUUAUUUAGCAAUACAAACGAACUUAGAUAAUUGCUUGGAAUAGAAAAAGGUCGAAUGUUAGAAUAAUUUUAAACCUCAAAUAUUAUAAAUAGUAAUAGGUAUUUAUGCUCUUUCCGGAAGUAUAUUUAUAAUAAAAUAAGGCCGUAAUUAGUCAUGGGGAAUAAAACUUUGAAUGCUUUAAAAAUUCUUGCUAUCAUGGAUCUAUAGGACUCUAGCUACUAGCUGAUGAUGGUUUGAUCGGACUUAGGUAUACUAAUCUCGUGUUCGUAGUGCUGAAAUGUUAUACUAAUAUCUCUUUUGUCUAGGGUGAACAUGUGUGGCUUGCCCCAGAAACAAAAGGUGAAUUUGACGUCGCUAUUGGUGGUGUGGUGAAGCUCUCAGACUCCGGACAGAUUGCCAUUGUUGAUGAUGAAGGAAAUGUAAGUAGUAUACUUUUAUUUUUCAGGGUAAAAAUCAAAUUAUGAGAUGAUCGUCACAUGAAAGCCUAUAGUGGUUCAGUCUUCUUCCUUUUUCAAGUUACGGCAUUGACAGUCUUGUGACAAGUUUUUAAAUUGAUUGUUAUAAUCUUGUUAGCAAUCUGACAACUGCAUCAUUACCGUCCUUUGUAUAGAAGAACGGAGAUAGAUAAAAAUAUAUAUUAUAUGUUCACGUAAAACGUUCUAGAUCUAUCAAGAGCAUUUGAUAUGUCUAAACUGAUCAGCCAAUUAAUAUACGUUUAAUUAGCCUCAUAUGACCUGAUUGCUGAUGAAGUGAAACAUUGACAGUUUCACUUCAAAAAGGCAAUCAUGCAUGUUAUAACAAGUAUAAGUGACUGUUCAUUCGUGCAUGCAAUCAACUGUAAACUUGAGAAACAAGUUUGAUAUACUGUAAGCAUAGUUAAAACUGGUCCGGUCACACAAUUCACUAGCAACGAACAUGGCGUUGUUCUAAUUAGUGUUUGUACUUUCAUUGAAAAGACUUCUUAAAAUAUUUUAAAAGUUAACGAUCUUUACAUCGUUCCAUCUCUUUUAUUUUAUUCUCGAUGUUUAAGGUGGUUUCACAUUUAGACAAUGGCAAAUUCUGACGUCACACUGCGUAAUCUCUCACUCUUAGAAUUUUAAAUAUGACAUGACGCGAAUUUUUUUCUUCUACUGUUUGAAGGAAUCGUCUGUAUGACUUCUUUUACACGUUUACGUAUUUACAUGGUGGUAUAUUUCAAUUUUGUUCAUGUUCAUCGUCAACAAAUUUACGUCACACUUUGCAAAAUGAGCCAAUGAAACACUUAGAUAUUUAUGUGUAUUUAUCUGGCCAAUCAUUUGGAAAACUUCGUUUGCAUGCAUGUAUGUACAUAACACAACGCAUGUACAUUUUGAAGUGAUUUAAACCAGUUAAAAAAGAUAGCUCAUAGCCUCAUAUUGAAUGAAGUAACAUAUUGAACUUGUUUACAUCGCGUAGCUUAUAUUGAAUGAAGUGAUAAAAACUUAUUUAUAUGCAUGGCCAUGGAUAUUCUCACCAAUAUCUGCAUUCUGUAAACAUAUUUACUGUACAGUUUUGGCGGAUGUGACAGUGAUAACCUUUCAACAACUUGAAACAAGCAUGGAUGAUUCGAUUACAUAACAAAAUAAAAUGUGAAUUUUACAGCGUGUAAGAAUAUAAAUGCAGAAUGUUUUCGUAACUCACAAAUUUGGUGCAUCUUUACUUUCUAGGAACACUGGCUACAUAAAAGAGAUGCUGGUACACUCAAACGUAUGCAUCCAUCAAGCGUCGAAGGAGUGGAAGACAUGGUAUUGCAUACUAGGUUUUUAAAUUUUUGCAUGGACCUAGAAAAUGUAAAAUUGCAGCAUGUGAAAAUUUCGAUCAUUCCCAAAUUUAUUUCUGACUUUAAAAGGUUUUGUGACCCAAUCGAUGGAUGACAACAGCAUCUCGCCAAUUAAUGUAACCCUGGGACUGAUUGCAUGACAAUUAAAUAAUAUAUGUAUAUAGUUUGUAAAGUUGCAAUAAUUACAGUUAUAUAUACAUAUAUUUCAUACAUAUAUGUAUUUAUUAUAUAGUAGAGAGUGAGAUACUGAAAAAUACACAGUGAAAUAUUUUUUCAUAUCUUCACUAGUGAAGAUAUCGAUCACGUGACUUUUUCCAAUUUGCUUUUGAGCGUGAAAUUUCACAAUCUUUUUGCUUGGGACUAUAAUAAACAGAACAUAACACGGUGGCUUGAAGAUAUGACUUUUAUCUUCUCGUGUUAAAAACAAUAUAUUGUUUUCACCACUUGAAAAUAAAAGUCAUAUCUUCGCACCGCCGUGUAAUAUCCUCUAUGUAGAUACAAGUUCAAUAUUAUUCAGAUUUGGUAAGUCACAAACAUUUUAAACAAAUAAUUGUUGCCAUAAACUAAAUUCACCAAUAUACAAUUACUUUAUGGUUUCCGUGUUUGGAUGGCCUGAUCCAAACACGCGGGAAUGUUGCGAGAGUUAAGAAAAGCGCGCGAAAACACGAGCCGAAGGCGAGUGAUUUUGCGCGCUUUUCUUAACUCGAGCAACAUUCCCAAGUGUUUGGAUCAGGUCAUCCUAACAGGGAAACCAUAAAGUAAUUGUUUUAUAAAAUAACAACAACACGAUAGUCUUCCGUGUUUGGAUGGCCUGAUCCAAACACGGGUUUCGACCAAUCAGAGCACGCGUUAUAUACAUGUUAUUUUAUAAUGAUUAAUCUGUCAUGACAUGCAAGUACUCUCACCAAUCCCCAUUUUCUUCGUCCCUGUAAGAUGUCCUGCUGCAUGCUUGAUUAAUGUUUACCACAGAAAUCAGGGUGUUAGCUACAGUGAAAAAUUCCGCGUUAAACGCGGUUAGUUUCCCAAUUAUCUUGAGGUCGCAAUUUACCAAUUUAGGUAAGCCAAAAAAUAGUUAUAUCAUAAAUAUUCAAUUGUUUUUUCCCCCAAUUUCAGUUAAACGCGGAUUUUUUGUUACUUCUGGCGGCUAACAUCCUGGAAAUUUCUAUGACUGCAUCAAUGAUAAUGUUCAUAAUUACUACAUGCAGGUACAACUAAUCUUUCUCUUCCAUUUAGAUUCAAUUGGGCGAUCUGCACGAAGCUGGGAUGCUCCACAAUCUUUUUAUCAGAUAUUAUAACCAUAAUAUAUAUGUAAGAAAAACUUUAUCGUUCAAUAUAUGUUAUAUACGCAUGUGCAUGCUUAUAUAUCCAGCGCGUAUUUCAGGUUUUGCUUGACCUGGUCGGCUUAUUUCCAUAGUGCAAUAGGCUACUAGUAUGUUUUCAAACAAUUGAUGGAAGUGAGACUAAGUUUCAUGGAAAUGCAAUGAGAAACUAUUUUCAAUAAGAAUAUCUGUACUAUAUUAUAUGCAUGCUCAUGUUUUUCGACGAAAUAAGGUGUGGUUAAGAUUAUAUAUAAUCAUUUUUAGACUUACACUGGAUCCAUAUUGGUUGCAGUAAAUCCAUAUCAACUUUAUCCAAUCUACGACUCUGAGCACGUACAAAAAUACAAAAAUCAAAAGAUCGGUGAACUUCCUCCACAUAUAUUUGCCAUUGCAGACAACGCAUAUCACAUCAUGACCAGGGAAAAACGUGACCAGUGUAUCCUCGUCAGGUAAGAGUCGUCUCCUGCUUCAUUGCGUUUUCAUGGCACAGUCAUGCCCCACCCUACGUGUCUUUUCUAGGUGUUCUCACCCCUGGAUAACAUUGUAUAAAAACUUUGUUAUCCCUGCAUGGGUGCAUGUUAAUUUUAAUAAACAUCAAUUAUUGUGAAAGACAAUAGUAGUAAUUAAAUAUUUUCAUAACUUUAAUUGUGACUUGAAUUGUAAUUACCUGAUUAUAUAUAUGCUUGAAAAUUCAAACAGUACAUAAUGAAAUGUACGUUUCAAGUACAAAUAUUCCAUUUCAUAGCUGUUUGCUAGUAACCCAUAUUUUCCUAUAGUAUAUAGAGAACGUACAGUAUACAUGCUUUUCCGGGUUUGUAUCUUUGUUCUCCACAACAAUUGUACAUGCAUGUACAGAAAUUUCCAAUUCAAUUUAUCUAAAAUCUUCAAUUCUUUUCUAUCCCACAAAGGUAACGAGGCGGAUCACUAAUGCACAGUUUGCUUUACAAAAUAUCUUGACUAUCCCCAUACUCACUUCGCACUUAACCUGUACAUUUGACUGUUGCCUGCACAAGGCGUAUUGAAAUAUUAUGAAAUAGCUGUAUAUGCACUUUAAGAAAAACAAUAUGCAGUAGAAACUCCAUACUGACAACGGACACCAUGCAUGGCUGCAGACGUUUGGGGCUAUGGAGCGACGCUACCUCCAUAGUCUAAGGAGCUAACUCCAAAUUCAAAACGCUUCAAAACUUCAAACUUUAGUUGAAUUAAGAAUCCUAGCUGAUUACAGGCUAACUCCAAAAAUCAUAUGUGGAAGCAGUAGAUGUAGUUAUCUAAACCUGGAUUUACUGGCUGGCUACCUGCACAUAAAUAUAAUCUUUAGGCAUGACGGACAGCUUGGCACUGAAAUUUGUAGGCAGAGAAAAUAGGUAUACAUGCAAGAUGCAGUCACAGACAGGUUUUUCUAGCUAAUGGGUGUAUGUUUCCACAGUUUUCCGGGCCGACAUACACGUAUUAAACUAUAUAGAGGCACUGGGAUAAUCGUUUGUGGUUGAGUGAAGCAGUAACUGGCAAAUCAUAUGCCAACAGCGAUCAUGCGAGGAAAACGCCAAAACGAGAGGCUUUUCACUUCCAACUUGUACAUAUUGAAGCUGCUGCAUGGCUGUCUUGGUCUCGUCCAGGUUUCCUGUAUUGCAGGUUUUCCCUUGUCUCCCUGAUUAUCCAGCUUUAAGCAUGCCUACCUGGUCAAUGCUCUGCAUUGUUCAAACACAACCCGUAUAUCAUCGUCUGGAAAGAGCAAUGUUCUGUAUGAUUUAAUGAUCACAGCUAUAUGUCGUCUAUGGGGAAUAUAAUUUUGUGUAUUUGUGGAGUCGAAGUGUUCCCAAUGGUCAUCUUCAGGCCUAUAUAGACUCAGGUUAUUUAAUGUAAAUAUAAUCAGUUCAAGGGGAUUAUGACCAUUUCGUUCCAUAUAUUCAACGGGCUUGGAUCAUUAGCAUUAGCAUUGACAGUAUUUAUAUACGAACUGUCCGCUAAAUAGGAAUUGUUUUUAAUUGCAAUUUAGACGGUGGUCAACUCGAAAGCCUUUUGCUACUUUGGCCACUGUACAUAUGUCGAUUAUUAUACACCUUUAUAUUUUUUGGCUCCAUAAUAUAGAUGUAAUUUGUAACUCAUACUUUUAUAAAUAGACCUAGUGUGUUAAAUACUAAAUAAAUUAAUAUUCUUCUUCUGCAUAUAGUCAGACAGUCUGUAAUCAGAAUGUUUUGUGUUGCUUUGAGGUUUCAAUAAUAAGGGCAUUUUAAGAAGAAAAAAAUCAGGGCUUGAGCUCAUUCUCUGUUGUAUGGAUGUGUCCGUUGUACAGUGUGGCCAUUACUAGAGUUCCAGUGUACAUAAUUACCUGUACAUAUUUUCUGGAUUACCUUUUUAAUACCGAUCAUGUAUUUUUACAUGCAGUUUUGCAUAAUAUUUCUGUUUGAAAUUGUAUUCCAGUGGUGAGAGUGGUGCUGGUAAAACAGAGUCAACAAAAUUGAUCCUGCAAUUUCUGGCAGCCAUAAGUGGUCAACAUUCGUGGAUUGAACAGCAAAUUCUUGAAGCAAAUCCAAUUAUGGAAGGUAGAAAAAUCUGAAUGUUUCUACACAUUACGUUUCGUUUUGUACAAGAUCUUCCUUUAGAAGAUUUAACCGGAACUUACAAACUAAGCUUGUUAAUUCUAAGUCCUUUUCGCUAUUAAUUUAAUAAUUGAUCAUUAAUAGGCUAUUGAUUUUCAAAGUGCAUAUAAAUUAUUAUUAAGACUGGGCAAUUCCUGCUUAACCUCUUAUAUUUUAACACAAGUGCAAAUCCCCUACAAACAAUGCACUGUGUUUGUAGGGAUGCGAAAUGUAUUCUAUAUGUGAACUUUACUAUUCCUAUUAAGGAAAUAUAUAUUCACUCUCUUUAGCGUUCGGAAAUGCAAAAACCGUCAGAAAUGACAAUUCCAGUCGAUUUGGAAAAUAUAUUGACGUACAUUUCAACAAAAACGGAGUAAUUGAAGGUGCAAAAAUUGAUCAAUAUUUGUUGGAAAAAUCUAGGAUUGUUUAUCAGGUAAGGAAUAUCGAGGAUUGACCUUUAACAGCAUUGACCCAAAAGAAUCCCACAAUGCACUGUGCAUUCCAGACGCCCUCUGUAUUAAAAAAUGCGUGACGUAAGCACUCCUAAGGUCUAUUAAGUAGAAAAAAGCUUGUAUAGCUAUUGUUGGCAUACUGUAGUUCAAUCCUGCUUCAUUUCGUGAAUACUAUAUGUUGUUUCCAUGCUUAUUUUAUCCCUCAUUAACCCUAAUAUUUACUCAAAGUUUUCUUUCUCUUUUAUAAAAGUUGACCUUAACAUUUUAAGCUAAAGUAACAGGUUUAAGCUUAUCAGCUUCGGAAAGACCGGGUUAUUAAAGUGAAUGUUCUUUCCUGUUUUCAGAUGGACCAGGAACGAAAUUAUCAUAUAUUUUAUCGAAUGUUGGUGGGUUUGAAAGCUGAAGAAAAGCGAUUGUUAAAGUUAACACGUGCAGAAGAUUACUAUUACUUGACGCAAGGUGGAAGUACCACGUGCCCUGGCAUGGACGACGCAGAGGAGUUUGCCAUCAUACGAGGCGCUAUGAAGGUUGGUAUCUUGAGAUUUUCUCAUAUAUAUAACAUAUAUAUGCAAUAUAUACUGUAUUUGUUUGCCAACUAUCAGAAUUAAACAAAUAAUUCGAAAUCAAAAAAACCUGUUACAGGAUGUUCUUUCUUCAGUAGUACAACUAUGCUUGUUGAGCGAGAAUCACAAUUCAGCUUUGGCCAGUUUGGGUGAACCAACAUAAUAUAAAUUGUUAAUUAUUAUUUUAUCUCUUCUUACGCGCUUUUUCUAUCACUUUCCCAUACCGUUCUUUUUUAGGUGUUGCUGUUCACAGAAGACCAUUGUUGGGAAAUUUUCAAACUUCUAGCGGCUAUUCUUCAUAUUGGCAAUCUGGAACUUCUACGUAAGUUUGAUACAGUUGAUAAUUGACAGGUUCAGAAAUGACUUCAUCUACUGCUAGCAUGCAUUAACCAACCAGAUGCGUACUGAGCCAGUAAGAGGUGCAGUAUAUAGUAGUGCAGGAAGUGAAAUAUGAAUCUCUCUGUUGUAUACAUCAGAUAAAAAAAGUUGAAUUAAAUUUAUCAUUUUUAAGAAAAGAAUCCCUUAAAAUACAUAUUAGUUAAAAAUUUCAGUUUUCCACCGAAAAAUAUUUUAUAAAACUUAUAAUAUGUUUUACAGCUGCAAUGUCUGGUAAUUUGGAUGCAACAAUGAUCGAAAAUAGAAAGCUCCUAAAUACCAUUGCACAGUUACUCGAGGUUAGUAUCCCAUAGACCUCCCCGCGUCAGUGGCGACACCACCUUUGUUCUGCAUUAGGAUCUACCCAAGGUCUCGUGCAGGCCGAACACUCUCAAGCAUAUCUGUAUAUGUAGCGUGUUUGUGAAUAUUCAGUGAUAGCGAUUGGAUAAUAUCCGCUUUUUCGUCAGCACUAAAAUAUUACUCUCUCAAUCUUAUACUGUUAAUCAGCAUUUUAUUACAAAGUUUACCAGGGAACUCUUCUGCUAUCAGGCUAUAUAGCCACAUUCGUGGAGCAUGCGUACCUAUUUUUAUGUAGGUCUAUUUAAUAAAUUUUAUUCUUUACAACCAAAUAACGUUAUUUUGGCCCAAGUACUUGAUUUAUCUAAUUUUUAUUUAAAAAAUCCAUGGAUAUUAAUGGACUUCAACCAACUUAUAAUGACCAAUUUUUUUGUAGGUGCCUGUUGAUAAGAUGGUUGAUGCAUUGACCACAAGAUCAACUUUGGCUCGCGGGGAGCUGAUCUAUUCUCCGAUCAGUGUUGAGCAAGCAGUCAAUGUUCGAGAUGCACUUGUAAAAGGAAUCUACGGAAGAGUCUUCAUUUCAAUUGUGGAAAAAAUCAACACAGCAAUUUAUGAUCCUUCUGUAAGUGUGCUUCACCCUAUCGAUACAUAGUGACGAGUGGAGUCGCAUUCAUAACUAAAUAUACAGGGUGUAUGAAAAAGGUAAUCCAACUUUAGCAUGAUGCCAUUGUGCGUUAAUUACUUGGUGCAUGAACGUAAUAUUUUCAUAAUCAUAAAGAUCACUCUUUUGAUUGUUGAAUGACAUGUUUUUCACCAUUAUAGAGAAAAAAUGAGCAAAUAUACGAGUCCGACAAAAAUUGUUUGUAGAAAUCGCAUAUUUUAACCUCUGCGCCUAAUUAAGCAGUGCAUGCAUAACAAAAGGAAAAGCAAUUAAUGACGAAUGUGUCAUUUUCACAAUGUCAUUUUUUUCUCCAUAUUGGUUGAAAAACGUGUCAUCCUACAGCUAAAAGCCUGAUCUUUAUGGUUAUGAAAACAAUACAUUCAUGCACCAAGUAAUUAACGCACAAUGACAUGCUAAAGUUUGAUUACCUUUUUUAUACACCUUGUAUAUUAGUAAUUUUCUGUAAUUAUAUGGAUGCAUAUAUAUAUAUAAACACUGCAUGAUAUAAUUUCUAGUCAACAGCGAUACACAGGUCAUCAAUUGGAGUACUGGACAUUUUUGGCUUUGAAAAUUUUGGUAAAAACAGGCAAGUGUUUUCAAUAUAAUUAUGAUUUAACUAUAGAGUUCUUUAAUUCCAUACGAUUUAUCCAUGCACGUUCUAUUUUCAGGAUUAUUAAUUCUCAAACAUGACCAGGGUUGUACAACUAUUUAUAUAUUAUAUCCAACAAAUUGAUAUCCUUUUUGAAUUUUAGUUUCGAACAGCUUUGCAUUAAUUAUGCAAAUGAGAACUUACAACAGUUUUUUGUGAGACAUAUCUUCAAACUUGAACAGGUAAGCUUGUCAUCAAUCAUUUUCUGCAUGUAAUAUAUAGACAUAAUAGUGAGUCCGUUUAAUUUAAUAAAUUUAUCCUGCCUGCAUAUUUACUUUAAAUUAGUAGGAAAAAUUCAUGUACAAUGUUGAACACCGCAACUUUGAGAUUGCCCUCCUGAGAUUCAACUGCAAAAUUUAAGAUCUACCUGUAAGGAAUAACGAUGUCACACGAGUGGCGCGUAUGGAUAUGCUUCGUUGACCAGUUUUUAACGUGAAUUGUAGCAGAAAAAAGAGACAGCGAGCAGUCAGAGAGGGAGGGCCAUGGUACGGUAAUACCUGAAUCAACAAACUGAUCAGCGAAGCACGCAUGCGCUUGUCAUGUGACUGCGUAAUGACGUGCUGCGUGAUGGCGUUGUAAUGUUUCAAUGCUGAACGAUUUUCUUCUAAACAGGUUUUAAAUCGUGUAACGUCUUACACAUUGUACUUUUUAUUUUAUUAUAGGAUCAUUACGACCAGGAAGGGAUUAAAUGGCAACACAUUACCUUUGUUGAUAACCAAGACAUUUUAGACAUGCUGGGUCAAAAGCCGAUGAAUAUAAUCUCACUGAUUGACGAAGAAAGCCGUUUUCCCAAGGUACGCAAAAGUUGCUGCUCAAGGUGACUCCCAACUGUUUAUUUUGGAAUGUGGAAAAUUUGUGAUUUGUGCCGAUUGUGAGUUUUUGAACAGUUAUUACUUAUUGAAAAACAAAAAUGACGUUCGUAUGGUAACCAAGAACAAAUUUUAUUCGUAAUUUUGACUAAUCAAAAACAUUACUGGUCAAUGUUUUUCGAGUUAAUUAAUCCCCUUAAUGAGAAAAAUCUAUCAUAUCGAAGCGUCAUUGUUGUCGCUAGUAUCGGCAGUGACCUGAUUUUUCGGAUAUUAUUUUCUACAAGUCAGAUACUAUUUCUUUCUCAACAAGUAACUUCUUGGCAAAUGGCAAGGAUGGGGGCUGCCCAUUCUGUUCCUUCCGUUCUGGUGUUCAUGAUGGCGUAGCUGAAUCGACAACUAAGAUCACUUUUUGCCUCGCGUGACGGAAGGGUUUGAAAUAACGGCCGCUCAACGGACGUUGUCCAGUCAGAAGUGAGCAUUGACCGAACAAAUCACUGGAUCGCCGGUCAUGUUGUUCAUCGUGUGCUUUAAAGGAAAUUUAAUUUUCAGCAAUUUCAUUCAAUUGCGCAAAAUUAAAUUUUUAAUUAUAACAAAAGCGUAUAAUAGACAUAAAUGACACGCGAGCCUCCUGUAGCGUGGAACUGUAUCUCAGAAUAUAUGCACAGACCACCCUUUUAAAGACCAUCCUUUUUAGAUACGUUUAAAUAGAUUAAUUUUAUUAACUAAAAGUGACUAUUAACAAGGCCAUUCGUUAUAGCCAUGAACGGCAAGUGUGACUGGACAACGUGACCAUGCAGGAAGUGUCCUGCUGUUAUUUCAAACCCUGCACGGACGCAAAAAAGUCGAAGUGAGCUGAAACCGUGUCUCUUACUUAACUUUCUUUCUGUUAAGGGGACCGACCAAACUAUGCUGAAUAAACUAGUACGUAACCAUGGAAACUCAAGGAACGGUCAUUUUGUUGCACCUAUUCGACAGACGGACACAAGAUUUGGCAUAAAUCACUUUGCAGGCUCGGUUUUAUACGAGAGCACAGGUAACUUAAUAUCGAUCUGAGCAAAUAACUAGUAAAAUUUUAUAUGCUGAAUAGAUUAAUAGCGUAAUGAAAGGUUUGGGAAUAAGAAAAUGCAGCGCUGGGAAAUUAAAAUUAACGCAGGAAAGAAAAUUUAAUAACGUACUAUAGCUAGCUGAUACUAUAUGAGGAUUCCAGUUCCUUCAGGCAUUUUAUUAACUGUACGGAAUAGCGUAAAUUUCGCCCAUCAAUAUUGAAGAUUUCGUACUAAUACAGUAACUAUCAUGCAUAAAUCUUAAUGUAACGCUCUAGGAGAGAAAAAUUGUUGUAGCUAACCUUCAUAUAUGCAAGCGGUUAUAAUUAUAAAACCAAUUCUCGUUUUUUCUUGAGUAAAUGCUAUGCCUGAUCUGAACACGUUUUGUGAUUGGUUUUGUGAACAAAGGUGAUCAGUGUUUGACUCGUUCUUGAUUUUUAUAUUUUAUUGACAUAAUCAACCAAUCACAAAUCUUUUAUACAGGUACAGGGACCCUUUUUCUUGGACAUAAUUAUGACAGUGAAUUUCCACAGAUGCAGAUAUUUGUAUAUAAUACGUAUUAGCAUAAUCUAUGCAAACUGGCUAUCUGACUGUUCUAUAAUUAUUAUACUAGAUGACCAAUAUUUAAUACGUUUCUACACAUAUUUUUUUAACAUUAAAAAAUAUGGUUUAUGUUUUAGGAUUUCUCGACAAGAAUCGAGACACAUUCAGUGCUGACUUGAUAGAUUUGAUUUCACACAGCAAAUGUGAAUUUUUGUACAGUUUGUUCUCUCGAGAAAAAUCCAUGGUAAGUGUCUGUGAGUGCAUCCUUUCAAAAGGCCAUUGACUCGAAUUUCCAUAUCAGAAACCAUGUGAUUGCCAUGUUUUGAAAUGUCUGGCAACAUUGUCAAUGGCUACACGCCAAUGCUCACCAAACCUUGUCCUUAAAGGCCAGUUUCUCCAAUAUAAAGCAUGCCACAUCUGCAUGAGAUGCUGUAGAUGAGAUGGGAGGAGGUUGCACGUGAAAUGGUGCUCGACAUGGUAUUGAGAUUUUGGUCCCGAAAUGGUGGUGGCCGAAUCUAUAAAAUCACAGGUUUUGCAUUUGGCAAACCGGCAUCGAGAUUGAACGCACCUCCUCGUAGCCAUUAGGACAGCCGCUAAUACGCUAGGCCAUGAGAAUUGAUUAGAUCAAAUACCACAUGAUUUCUGCGAUUUGUUCUGAUGACAUGCACUCGACAAAUAAUCCUAUCAGAAUUAAACAGUCCGACGAUGCAGAUAUAAAAUACUCUAUACCCCAAGGCUUAUUCGAUAAUAGCGUAACACACUUUGAUCAUAUAUUUGUAGCUGAUGAAUCCAGAAAUACCGAUAAUACGUUCUAGUUGGAAUUCUUUAUUAGGGCGAAGACACAAGAAAAAGAUCUCCAUCACUUGGGGCGCAAUUCAAGAAAUCUUUGGAUGCUCUGAUGAGAACACUUCAAGCAUGCCAUCCAUUUUUCGUUAGAUGUAUCAAACCUAACGAAUUCAAGAAACCAUUGGUAACCUGUGUUUUUGUACAGAAUUUUACAUAGAGACCCAACUAGGGUGCGAAUUAACGGCUUACAAAUUAAAUGAGAAAUUGUCAAUCGAAAAAGCCGCACAAAAAAUUAGCGGCUGACAAUUUCAUGGAAAACUUUAUAGGUCAACUUUUCAGUCGGUUUUAAACAUCAAUAUCAAUUGCCAGCAGCAUAUCAUACAAAUGAAUCAAUUAAAACAUUUUAUAUUGGAAUUUAUUGCCCAAAACUAGCAUGGCCAGCAAUUUUUGAAGAUAAUUAUAGGCCAGAUAACUCUUAAUUCGCACCCUGGAGACCUUGUGCAUGUAAUUUUUGGUUCAUAACGUUUGCUUAACCUUGUGUCAUGGAAUUCGAUUGACAGGCAGGCUCACUUGGGAAAACAGUAUUUUACUAUGAAUAAAGCUUCUGUUCUAUAAUAAAGAUCGGUAGUUUUGUUGUUUUUAGUGAUUAUUAACUACCACAUUAUGUAUUCUUGUAGAUGUUUGACAGAGAAUUGUGUUGCCGUCAACUGCGUUAUUCUGGAAUGAUGGAAACAAUCAGGUACAUUCUUGAAAAGGAUUUUUGAAAUAAAAACCCAGCAAAUUGUGCAGCAUAUAUACUUGUUUACGCUGUUGCGGUGUUUAUGCCAAGUUGUUAGCUUGUUUUGCAUUAUACAGUUGACUGUUUCGAAUUACAAUGUACAACUGGUGUGGUUGCAUUCUUUGGUGUUGUUGAUCUUACCAAAUUGAAGUAUUCCGACCAACGUUAGCAUGCGUGAAUGCGAUCCGCCAUCUUGAACUGAUUUUAAAGUGCGUGUUACGUCAAAAUCGGAUAAUUCGUUCUUAAUCUUCGUAAUUCCAAGUUUGCUAGUUAAUACUUGAUCAGCUUUUUGCUAAUUUCUGCAUGCUUGUAUUUCUUCAGAAUCCGUCGUUUAGGCUACCCUAUCCGCCACAAGUACGCUGAAUUUGUGGAUCGAUAUUAUUUGCUGGUAAAAGGAAUGAAAGCUAAAGAACCAAAUCCCAAAGAAGCAACAAACGUGAUUGCCAAUUUAAUACUACCUAAGGAGGACUGGCAGCUUGGAAAGACAAAAAUAUUUCUUAAGGCAUGUAGCUUGGAUUUUUACCUCCAUACUUUUCCAUGUAUUUACUGCAAGUCGUCUUGACAGAGGAGGGCAGUUUUAGAACGUAUAACUGUUAUAAUUUAUAAGUUAUAAGUUCUUAUAUAAUUGUUAUACUGAUCGCCAAGAGAUCAUUGAGUCCUCAAUACUUUUUCUGACACAAAGUUUGUAUCCUUUCAAAAGCCGUGCAUGUAUUUUCUCCUAAGUUAAGUAAUUAUAUGAUCCAUUUCCACUCCAAUUUAAGAGGUGCCAACUUCCUCCUUUCCAUUCUUUUUCCGAUCCUUAUUUGGAAAGGUAAUUUCAACUCCAUGCAGCAAAGUAUGAGAAUACUAGUUUAUACCAGGGGAAUUUAACUACCUCUAGCUUGAAAUAGAGUUUCAAAUUGUUUAUAUACUGCAUGCUUAAAUGUUUUAUGUGUACUUUUUGUGAACGUUACAACGACGCAGGGCAUUUUUGUCUAUUUCGGUUAAAUUUCGAUUUGAUCUAUAUGGUAUCUUUGCUGAUCUAUAUGGAGCGCUUUCCAUUGAAUGGCCUGACCGGUCAGUCCCGAAUUCUUUUCUCUGUAUCAAUGGAAAGAUCUGGUCUAUGUUUCUCAAAUAUCCAGUGAAAAUGGACCUCAUUCUAAUGUUAUCUAAAAUUUCAGGUCAGAUAGGUCCGAAGCCCAAAUGUUUUGUGUUUCAUUCAACAAUUUGACCGUUCUGACUGAUCUGGCCGUGUUGAUGGAAAGCGCCCUAUAUGGUAUCUUUUGGUACAUUUACUUCAAACUAAACAAUUAUUAUGACAUUUUAUUCCAUUCUCCUAGACUGUUAAUGUUACAAAUGCUGUCUAGCGAGUGAAUGACCAACAAAUGAACUAAAACACGACUUUAAUGUUGUUUUUGUUGAAACUCUUCAGGACGCCCAUGAUAUCAAACUGGAAACGUAUCGUGAUACUGUAAUGGCGAAGCAAGUGGUGAUCAUCCAGAAAGUGUUCCGCGGUUAUUUCUACAGAAAGCGUUUCUUGCAGCUCAAAUUCUCCACCAUUAUAUUGCAGAGAGCUUGGCGGGCUCGUCGAGAAAGAAUACGCUUCAUAAGGGUACGUUCAGUAAGAAUGUUUCAAUGAACUACGUGCCUAUGCAGGGAAAUUAUAUUGCACACAAGAGAAAAUAGUCAUUUGAAACACCGAGAAACGAGACACUCAGGAGCAGAUGUUUCGUAUUCGAAAAAAAAAGAUUUCUAAAGUGUCUGAUAUGUUGUCGUUUCUGAAAUAGCUAGUGCCGAUUAGUUGCUCAUUAACACAUACAAAGUGACCAGCCUCGUACCCAGGCGCUAUGUGUUGUUCUAUGGCUUGCGCGGCCUUUGUGCGCUUAAUGACGUAAACAAACCAAAGCGCCUGGGUACGAGGCUGCAAAGUGACCACAUCGUGGCUUCGUUGUUUAAUUUUAUUUAAAUACAUCUCAUUUAAGUUUGGUUGAAAAGCGUGUAUGGCUUAAUUACCUGUAAAUAACGUGCAACUAACUUGAAACAUCUUCAGGUUUUGGCAAGAUACUUUAGUUUGGUUGCAAUAUUUUUUUUAAAUAUUUCUAUUGCGUCAUUUUACAUAUGUAUAUGAUCAAGUACAAUUUUUCAGUGACUGGUUAGUGGUUACAUUACAGCCGAAACUGGCGUGAAGCAGACCGAGGUAGACUGUGAGCUUACAAAUGGCGCUUUAAGCAGCCGCUAUUAGUCCAUACCUCAGUAACGAUCUGCCCCUGACCUAUGUGCCCUAACCCACCCUGUCAACUUUCCCUGUGGGAGGAAACCGGAGUACCUGGAGAAAACCCACGACUUUCGGCAGAGCGUUGACUUUUUUCUCUUUUCACAUGAGGACUGGGUUCGAGUCACAUUGAGAAAUUCUCAUUGAGACUUGAACCUGCGAUCUUAAAGGUGAGAGGCAAGUGCAUUAACCACUUCGCCACCGAAGCCCCAUUUCCGUUUUGUUCAUCUCAUGCACUGCAUACUCCUAUAACCCUUGACAAACAUCGUGUACAUCUUUUCGUCUAUGCAAGGCUACGUCCACACUAAUCCAUUUUCGUAGCGUUUUCGUAUUGUUAUCCGUUUACAAGCGAAUAGAGAACAAUGGUCUAGUGACCUGAAACGCUACGAAAACGGAUUAGUGUGGAAUACUGAUAAACAUUUGUGUUAUUUCAGCUUCGCCAAGGCAUAGCCCGACUACAAGCAGCAUACAGAGCACAACGUCUGGCUCUUCAGUUUAACCUUCUUCGGGAAAGACUUGUCGUGUUGCAGGGUCACUGUCGUGGUUAUGUGACCAGAGUCAAGUUACGACAGCGUCGUAAGGCGGUUGUUACCAUUCAAUCAGGUUGGCGACGGGUUCUUGCCAAGAAAAAAGUCGAGAUGCUACGACGGGAGGUUUGUACAGUACAUCUGUUAUAGCAUACAAAACUUAUAUGUACCCCCACCCUAAUAUAUGUAUCUCCACCCCCAAUAGUUUUUCGAAUUUAGAGAAAUUAGGUUCGACCUGUCUUAAUCUUGCCAAGUCUUCUCGGCGUGGCGCUACCGAUAUAUAAAAUAACCUGUUUAGAACACGUGAAAAUUUAGAGAUAAUGACGUAUUUCACUAACUUUGAUUUGUAGAGAAGACGAAGAUUGGAAGCUGAAAGGCUUGCUAUUGAAGAGGAAAUGCGUUUGGCAGCUCAGAUGGGCCGUGGUGCUGCCAAAAGAGAGGCGGAAAGACGCUUACAGGUACAAAUAGUUUAUUUCACUUUCAUUAUAAUUUUCCUCCCAUGAUUCUGCGGAGAAUUUAUUUAGUAGUUGGCAUUAUUCCAAAGGCACCUGAUUGAGAAUAUUACAGAUUUUGAAUUAGUUUACGUAAAGCUAUAUAGAUGCAGCGGAAGAAGGUAUGCGCCAUUUAUUUUUUCCAAUUAUUUUCUAUUAGCAAUACGUUAGUCUCCUCCGCAGGCAUUUCUAUGGGCUUUUAGCCUGCGAAUGGGUGUUUGAGAAAAAAAUCUCGUCAAAUUUUUUUCCAACCACCCAAAUCUAAGGCUAACAAUACAUAUAGUUUGCUAUAGUUUCGCGAGAAGGCUAACAAUACAAUAUAGUUUGCCAAUUCUGCGUAUAGUGUAAAGUUAUAAACAGGCCAUAUAUAAACACAUCGACAUGUAAACACAUCCUGCAUUAUUCAUAGUAUAUGCACGUGUUUCGCCUUUCUUGUUAUCGCCAUCUCGCGAUUAUAUUCUAGGAGCGACUUCAUGUUAUUGAACAAAGUGAAAGUGAUAUGAACAUGCAAAGAGCAAUUGAAGCAAAGAGAAAGACAGAAGAAGUUAUGUUACUGGAGGAAUCUGCAAAAAGGCGGAGAGAAGAGGAUGUCAAUGAUUCAUCAAUGGUAUGUUGUACCUGUGUGAUAAAAUUCGUACAUUACAACAAGUUAGAAUCGUGAUUGCGUUUUUGUCGCGUGUUCUCCAUUCGAUGGAGCACUAAAUCUUGAACCAUAUGUUUCUUAGCGGACUUGGACAGGUAUCUUAUACAGAAAUGGAUGCUCAUGAUUUUAGCAUUUUUGAAACCUUUCUUGACAGAUCGACGAAAUGUUUGGUUACUUGGAUGAAAAUGACCCUAAACGACGCGCAGCACCAUCCUAUUUCAAGGUAAGGUUUUACGCACUUUGUUAGCGCCAACUUUUCUGAUCAAUAAUUCGUUUUAGAUAUAAGCUUUCGAUGUGAUGCCCGGAUUAUUAUUAGUAGAAAUAAAAACCUUACCUAGUGGUUACCAUAUCGGGCCUUAUACCAAAAACGUAUCUCUGAUAUUCCACAAAUCUAUAAGAAAUGUAUAACGUGCUAUUCCUCCAAAUUUUGGUUAUCACCACACAAACCUUCUGACAAAUACAGUAAUUGCUACUGUUAGUGAUUGAUGAAAGAGAGGUUUAGUGUACCAAUUAAAUUGUGCUAAACCACCCAAAGAACUCAAAAUGAGAGAGAGAGGCUUUAUCAAGAGCUAUUCUUGUUCGGUAUUAAUAAUGUCACUCACAUUAAAUUUUGUUACCUUUUAAAGGACUUAGAAAUCAACCAGGAGCCAACAAUUGCUUCAGGUGAUAUCAAAAUGACAACUGCUGGUGAACGAGAGGUUUGUAAAGUGCAUGACUGUAUAUUGUAAAGGCCAGUUUAAAUCAUUAUACCAUCGUCGAACCUUGCAUGUUAGUCUCACAAUGUGGGAUAAACAUUUGAUCAAAUCUUGAUCCAGCACCUUCCAGCGUGAGCCGACAUACCAAACACAUGGUGUUCGAUCUGACAAUGUUGGAUUAUGUUGGACCAGUAUGUUUGAAGCCUUGACUGAGUGAAAUUAUGCUGUUUCUUUUUUCUUAGAGAAAUACAUCUUAUUGAACUGGUGAUUUUUUUAUACUUUAGGAUGAAGAUUUAUCACAGUACGUCUUCUCAAAGUUCGCUGCAACAUAUUUUCAAUCUGCAACACAUUCUCACAUCAAGCAAAACCUUCGACAACCUUUGUUGCCUUUGGCAAGCGAAGCUGAUACAAUGGUAAGUACAACAAAGACAUUUAUAAGCACAUUCAGAUGAGAAAGAGUUGACAACGGAAAGUUGAGGUUGAUUAAAUAACCAUGCAAUAAGCUGCGUUUUAAAAACAACGAUUUAUGUUGACUCGCCGGGUAAGGUUCUGGCAAGACACCAGUUUAACAUCAACUGUUCAUGAGAAAAUAAAAACUAUAUAUAUAUAUAUGCAGAAAAUAACUUUUUGUGGCAACUUUUUUAAUCGGAUAACUUAUUUAUUGGACAAUCUAUCUGAAAACAAUAAGAAUCUUGUAUUACAGUGUUGCCAAUUUGAAGCAUUCGUGCAUGUAUAUGGAGUGUACAAACUGUAUAUUUGAUUUAUAGUUUUCUAUACUUUCCUUCCACAAAAUAAUAUUUAAUAGUUUUGUUUGUGGAAACACCACGUAAAUUUAUUACUGCAAAGCUUUCGAUCCGUAAGCCCGGAUCUUCAUCAGUGCUAAUAAUAUAUUAUUAGCACUGAUGAAGAUCCGGGCUUACGGAUCGAAAGCUUUGCAAUAAUAAAUUUACGUGGUGUUUCCACAAACAAAACUAUUAUAUUUUAUCACCAUGCAAACAUACAAAGAACUUAAAAUAAUAUUUUUUAUCAAGUAAAAAUUGAUCAUGAAUUGAAAGGUUAUCUUUGCCUUUGGUAUAAAUAGUUUUUUUCUACUUUCUUUUAGGCUGCAUUAGCUGUCUGGAUUACCAUUCUGCGUUUCAUGAGUGAUAUGCCGGAACCAAAACCGAAUAGAUAUACGCAGGUCAGUAUACAAAGGAUUAUUGUAUAGUAUAGUCAACCUGGUUGGAAUUACCUGUGACAAAAGCAUUCCGAAACUCUACACCUCUCGACGUCGCUCACGAGUACAUCGAGCAAGUACAGUACUCGACUGUAUGUACACUGGUUUUGUGAUUCUAACUAUUCCAUUGGAAAAUUACCCUCCCAGUAUGACUUGAAAAGACAUAAUAGUUAUCGAUCUUACAAUAAUGAUUCUAACUAAUUAAGUGCCAUGCAUUAUAAGACAUAUUUUGUAUUCAGGCAUCCUGAAUAUCAUUAGACCCGAGCCAAGCUCAGCUGUUUACUGAAUUAGAUUUUGUCACCGAAUUAGAUUGAUUAGGUCUAGAUUUUUUGUCUUUAUUUAGGAACAAAGUGGGCCUGUUAUGGCAAAAAUAUACGAUACAUUUGGAAGAAAGUUUGGUAGUCAGAGGGACGCCCCUCCACCUAUUUUGGAUUUUGAGGUAAAAGAGUCGGUAAAAAUGUUCUUUUGAUUGUCUUGAUGUGCACUAAAAGUGUGUCUGUAUUCUAGGACGAGAAUUACCCAAAACGUGGAACUCUUCGUAAGAAGCUGGUUUCUCUCACCUUAAAAAGGAAGUCUAAAAUUACAAAGGUGCGUACAGGCUGUUGAUCAAAUGGCUUCUGAUGUGGUACCACACUUCUGACACAAGGGUCAAUGCAUGGGCGUUUUAUUACUGCCUGCGUAUGUAGGGCAAUGAAUUGUCAUGAGAAAAAGAAAUCCCUGCAUAUCUUACUGUAUAACGUAAUCCAAACUUUUUUAACAAUUGUAAGACUGAAUAUCACAAUAUAACUGAAACUUAUAAAUAGAUGUGCUAUUAUUGACCGAUUCGAAAACUAGAUACCACAAUUUUACCUUAUUCUAUAUUUUAUACAUCACAAGGCCAAUAAACGAUUUUCCAACAGAGACUGCUAUUUAAGGCGAAGUGUACAAGUUUGAUAUUGAGAAAAAUCCAUGCAAGUGAUAUUGUAGCCCUUUGAAAUGUACAAAAAGCACCAAAACGAGGCUAGUCGGGCUAGUUGCUGAAUCUAUUUUUAAUAUUUAAUUUCUCAAAGAGAAUACACAUGGUAUUAUGUUUGUAAAAUUGUUCGUCUUUAAGCGCUCUAUAAGGCUGCUAGAAGUGAUUACCUUGCUUGAUUUCGGAAGAAGAAAGAAUGACAAGUAUUUUUCUAAUCGCAGCAGAACUAGCAGUAUAGUAUGUGGCAUAAGUAUAACCUGGUUGUAUCGCUUAGAGAACUAAAUCUGUAAUCAAAAUCUUGAUAUCUAGAAUAAUCUCUUUUGUCCUGCCAAUAUGAGUAUUAGAUCUACAAAACCUCUUCAAUAAGUUAAGGACUGUAAACUAAUCAUUCGAUACUUUUCUCAACACAGGAUGUCACAACAAUGCUUAGAGAAGGCAGUGAACGAGGCUAUCUUCCAGAAUCAUAUGGUCCACUAUCAGCUCAGGAUAAACCAACAACCAACUUGGAAAAACUUCACUUUAUCAUUGGACAUGGAAUAUUGAGACCAGAACUAAGGUAGACGCUUUUUGCUUAACAUAGAAAUGGCCCCGCGAAAAGGGUAUUCAUCUCAUAACAAAUAGUUGAGUUUAAAAAUAAGAAUUAAUGAAGAACGAAAUUAAGGUGAAAAGGAAUAAAGAAUAAUGAAAAGCAAGAUAGUGAAUGAUUAAUUCAAAACAAAUAAUUUGGAAACAUUAAAACAUGCCUGUAGAAAAUUUUCGUCUUGGCAAGUAUAAGAAUUACAGUUAGGGGGAAGCACAUUUCAAUUUCAAAUUAUUCUUAUUAAAAAUGUUUUUAUUAUUGUUAAGAUGAAUUUUUCAGUUUCGUCAAAACAAAUUUCGUCUUGGCACAGUACAUUUGGCAGACUUUUCUGCAGGCAUGCAUUAAAGUAAAUAAUGAAUAAUUGAAUCAGAAUUACUCUGCUUCCAAUCCCAUAGUGCUUAUUGCAUGCUUAUGUUGUUCCACGUGUUUGAUUCACAGCAAGAACAUGUAAUAAUAAAAUAGCAAUGCGAGUGGAUUCUGAUAUUUUAAUUUAGAGAUGAGAUUUACUGCCAGAUCUGCAAGCAAUUAACAGAAAACCCGAACAAGACAAGCCAUGCACGUGGUUGGAUAUUACUGUCUUUAUGUGUCGGUUGCUUCUGCCCAUCUGAAAAGGUAGGUUAUCGUUGUGUCAAUGAAAAAUCUUUCACAGACCUUUACGAAAUUACGUUUAACGUUGUUGAGCUGACAUGACCUCUACAGUAUUACGUAUUUUAAAAUUGCGCAGAAAUAAAAUCACCUCGCCAUGGGGUAAUGACGUCAUAGUGGGUAAGUCGCAGUGUAUAAACGUACAGUACCUUUAGUCACGAUUUAAAUCUUAGUAUAAGUUGAUAUAACUAACAUGUUAUUACCUGUUCUUUAUCUGUAUUUAUAUUUAACGUCUUUAUAGGGGUUAGGUGUCAAUUGGGACGAGUCCUAGCUGUUCCUUUCCCCUGUCACGAAUUGUCUAAUCUGUCUUUAUUUAUCUUUAAUUAGUUUGUAACACGUACAUAGUGACAAAUUCAUUAUUAUUAUUAUAAAACUCCGCAUACAUUGUGAUUUCAUUAAAUGAAAGUCAGUCGCGCUGGUUUUUAAUUCACUUUCUCACUAUAAGACGUUUUAAACUGCGCUAGACUCAUCAAUGGUGAAUGCUUACUAAUUUAUGAUAUUUUUCCUUUAGCUCUACAAGUAUCUGAAGAAUUUCAUCCGGGACGGUCCACCUGGUUAUGCGCCAUAUUGUGAAGAACGUCUUCUGAGGACGAAGCAAAAUGGAAGCAGACAUCAACCGCCAAGUUGGCUUGAAUUACGAGUAUGCACAUGUUGUAUUGUCCAUUUGGAUUUUUAUUGCCUCGAAUGAUCCGUAGAAAUGCAAUACAAUUAUCUUUUCUCUAGUCCUACAGUAAAGUGAUAUCGCAAUUUUUCUCCAUGUUUUCAGGGACCGUACUGUAUUCUAUAAUCUGUCUUAGUGUUAUCGGCAAAUGGUUUAAUGCCUUGAUUGAUUUCCUGUCCUCAUUAUCACAUCAUUGUAUAAAUUUCCUCGAAAAUUGGUGGUGUAUUAUAAUACUCAAUCAGUCUUCGUAAACUUCAAGAACGAACCAAAUCAUUUUAAUGUAAAAUUCAGAAAAUGUUCAUAAAAUCAACGAUCUCUAUAAAUUACCUGACAGGCUGCCCUUGGUGUAUCGUCUUGCUGUGUUUGUACGUUAUAUUUGGUGUGACGGUAUCUAUAUUUUCAAAUUCAGGCUACGAAGUCAAAGAAGCCACUGAUUCUACCGAUAACGUUCAUGGAUGGCAACACGAAGACACUUUAUGCUGACUCAGCAACAACAGCAAAGGAACUAUGUGGUCAACUUGCAGAGAAAGUUGGCGUCGCCGCCACUUUUGGAUUCUCAAUCUACAUUGCUCUUUAUGAUAAAGUAAGUCAAAAUGUCGAGUUUAAGCGGUCAAAUUUAAGAAUCCAUUCCCCCAGCUAUUGAUUCUUCAGUUUGAUAUCUGGAGUAAAGUGAAGAAAGUGAAGCCAAAUUUAACGUCCAGUGAUUAGAAAUUGAAGCCAAAAUUGAUGUCCAGCGACAGUCCCUUUGUAUUGUUUUGCGCAGUUAACACGAAGUUGCAACGAGUGUGCCGAAAUUUCGUGUUUUUACUUCGAUUUAAUAAUACUAUGGUUAUAUGAAAUGAUAACUUGAGUAGCGAUUCGAUCAGUUAGGAAAAACUGGAAUAGCUGGGGGGAUGGUAUGAAAACCCUUUACGGCCUUCAUAGAUUUUAGGAUACUCAUGGGCCGAUCAAUACCCUGGUUCCAGAGGUUUAAAAUAAACUUCUGGUUGAAAGCGGCAAUUGAUUCAUCGAGCCGCGCCAAUCAGUUUGAAUUAGGGUCAGAUCCUGACUCUGUCUCCUGAUUGGAUGAUUGUAUUAAAGCUCUGUGAUUGGUUGUAGAUGUUUUAUUUGAAUCAAUCAGAGAGCUUUAAUACAAUCAUCCAAUCAGGAGACAGAGUCAGGAUCUGACCCUAAUUCAAUUGAUCAAUUUUGUAUCUUUUUAAACGACUUUUAUAGGUUUCCAGCUUAGGAAGUAGCAACGACCACGUUAUGGACGCCAUUUCUCAGUGUGAACAGUAUGCGAAAGAAUUGGGACAACAUGAAAGGGAUGCACCAUGGAGAUUGUUCUACCGUAAGGAAAUAUUCUCACCUUGGCAUAAUCCACGCGAAGACAGGACUGCCACAAGUCUCAUUUACCAGCAAAUUGUCAGGGGUGUGAAAUUUGGAGAAUACCGUUUUGCAAGCGUAAGUUACGUACGCUUUACAUCACAUGACGUAGGCUGUACAGUAGAAUCUUAAACAAUUUAGUCACAGCUGGCUUUUGCAUGAGGUACGAGCCGAACAUGCGUAACUAAGAAUAAACCGGUUCUACUUGACCGCUCGCAAUUCAAAAGAAUUUGGGCGAAAAAUUUCGACAGCGUAAUUUUUUGUCAAAUGGAAAUCCAACUUAAAGCAUAUUUAUUCUGUCUUCUAAGAAGACAAAAUUGGUAAGCGAAUGGUACUUGUUAAGAUUGUAAACCUUUCUAUACCUAUGCAAACGUCCCUUUCUGUGUAAUAUAUCGUCAUUAAAACCGUCGUUCUUAAUGUGGCCCUCCUUUCUGAAUCCUAGCUGUUAACGUCUACAACAUCGUGAUCUUCUUUAUUGUUUUCUCAGGAGCAAGAACUAGCGGAGGUUGCAGCUUUGCAAUACUAUGUCGAAUAUGGCCGAGAUAUGUCAAAAGGUCGUCUCAUGGAUCUGCUUGGAUCUUACAUCCCUGACAUAUAUUUAGACACUGCGAGAGGACCAGAAAAAUGGGUUCACCUAAUUGAAGAUGCUUACAAAAAAGUACGUGACUCUUUAUAUCAUUUUCGUUGAACAAAUGGUAAAAUAUACCUUACCUAUUUGCUUUUUAUCAUUUGGAUCUGUUGAUUAGUAAAAUUGUACAUGGAGGGGGGGGGGGGGGGGGGGAUUAUACAAUCUGACAUUUGAGAAAAAAGGCAAGGGGAUGGCAGAUAGUGUUUCGUCCAUAAAACGUUCCCUGUGACGAGAAAAAUUGUUUUGGGUUACACAUUCAGAUUAAAGUAAUAUGCAUAUAGGCUGCAUUCGGACGCGUCUCAGACACAUUCAGAUCCCCAGUGGCUUUGUUUAUGAGCCUAUAUAUAUGAUGCCAUUCGUUUGCAUAAAAAAGUUUGAUCAUUCAAAAAAAUUCAACCUGACACAUAGCUCAAUUUUGCUGGCACCAGUGCUUCUUGCCCAUAUAGGGCCUUUUCUGUUCACAGUAAAAAUGUAAUCUAUAUUAUAUGAUUUAUAUCUACCCGUGCAUGUUCAUACGGAAAACUUUUCAAAUAUCACUCACACUGAUAAUCGUGAUUUGUACAUGCUGUGAUAUGAGUUUUACCUGUUGCUGCUUCCAUGCAAACUCUCACAAGAUAUUAUAUUUAAGUAUAAACAAUUAAACAUAGUGCCAAUGCUGUUGGAAUCCCUUACCACAUUUCUAUUUUCAGAAUUCAUACAUCAAGGAAAACGCAAAUCCAGUACAUAUUAAAGACCAUGUCGUUGAAUCAGCCAGGAUUAGAUGGCCGCUGUUAUUUUCAAGAUUUUACGAAGCUUAUCAAUUUGCUGGACCAUCUCUGGGACGACAGGAUGUUAUUAUUGCUGUGAACUGGACUGGUGUGUAUGUGGUGGAUGAUAAAGAACACGUGUUACUUGAAUUGCAGUUUCCUGAAAUUACUGGUGUCUCUAGCAGUAGGUAUGAUGUAAUUGCAGGGAUAGUUGGUCUGGUAAAUUGUCUUAAAUAGUCUAUUUAUAGAUCGAAAGACGCAACAAGUAUCCAUUUUUUUACACAUCAUUAAAUUGUCAUUUAAUUGACUGAUUAUGAUUACGUGAUAUUGAAAAAUUUUCCAUUUUCACGCGAUCCAUACCGCCGUGGAUUUUUGUACUAUAUUUUUUCGCAUUGCACAGUUUGAUUUCCCUUAAAUUUCAUCCGUCAAAGUCGUAAUCGUAUAUGAUCGUAACUCAUUUAACCCCAAUUCCAUAUUGAGGCCGAUGGAAUUUAAUGCAAAUCCAUCCCUAACUAACAACUUCUUUUUAACGACAAUUUUUUUACUCUUUAAAUGAUAAUCUUCCUAACUCAUUCUAUCAUUUAAAUACCCACUUAAUUCAUUUUCACUCUUCGACUUAAACAUGAAAAUGGACAUUACUUAGUAUAUCAUAUGCAAACUUUUUCUUGUAAUUUAUUUGUCUGAGUGUUGUCUCUAGUUUUUCAUGCAAUCACUUUUGCGUUCCUAAAACACCAGGUACUUCCCCAAAUGAGAAAAAAAUGAGAUCAUCUUCUCCAUUUCGGGUUAGCGAGCCUUCAAAGUAUAACAAUUUUACAUUUUUCGAAGAUAUAUGGCAGAAUACCCAGGGCUCGAAAUAGCGGGCUGGCAAUGGCCAAAAGCAGGCCAUAUUUUAGAAAUGGCAGGCAAAAACAAGUUUGAACUACCAAGUCAAAAAAAAAUGGCAGGUGAAAUUCUAUAGAUAUAUUUCAUUUCAUUUGCUUACCACAACUAAAUACGUUUAUAUUUGAAAUGUAAAUACAAGUUUACUGCAGUAAAAUAGACAAGUUUAAAAAUAAUAAAAAUGCAUAUCAUGAAAACAUUGAUUUUCACAAUAUGACUUUCACAAUAUGAGACGUCGCCAUUUCUAUGGCAGUUCAAUGAAUAAAAAUGGCAGGCUGGCAGGCCAUAUUUUUUCUCUACUUCGAGCCCUGUUUAGACCUGUUUUCUUUUAAAUUACCAAAUUAGUAAUAAAUGAACAGGAGCAUUUAAAGCAUGUAGGGUUACAAUGCCUGGUAGAAACUGAAUCGAAAAUUCAAAAUUAAUCGUGUUUAGUGACAUAAAAAAUAUAGCAUAGACUAAGUUCUCUUUGUUUAUUUUCAAUUCCUAGCUCCAUUGACAGAAGUGGUAGCCUGAGUUUUACAAUAUCAACUCUGAGAGGCGACGACUUUACUUUCACAUCUCCAACCUCUGAAGAUAUCAAAGAGCUGAUCACUCACUUCCUUGAAGGUUUACGAGCGAGAUCAAAAUAUGUUGUCGCACUUAUGGACUAUGACAGCCCAGGUAGAUUCAUGUCUUUCUUUUUCUUAUGGGGAUGCAUCUUCACCUUUUACAAAAUUUUUAAAAAAAUUAAACCGGAACCAUAGAAAUAAACACAAUCACAAGAUGAGCAUUUUGAAACAGAGGUCCAGCUCAGCCAAAAACCCGUAAACGCCGCCACCCCAUGUAUUCGCAAUCGCUAAGCACUCGCAAUGCUAUCGCCACGUUCUGAGCCACUGCGCCCUGAACGUUCUGCCAUUCUGAAUGUUUUCAGGGACUAAAUGCCUUUCGUAAGCGCACUGGCUGAGAACAUGACGACAACAUUGCAGAGGUUACGCUAACAUCAGGCGCCGACACGAAAUUGGACCUCUGUAUGUAUUUAUUCUGUGCCCAAAUUAUGAAAACCAAGACAUGAAAUAGUAUUUGUUAUGUCCGUGAAUAUUCUAAUAAACGCCCACUCUCUAAUAAACGCCUUUAAUAUAAUAGAUGCCUUGGACAAAUCAGCAUGUUGUUAUAAUAAACGCCCCUCUCGUUAUUUGAAUUCUUCAUAUACAACUGCACAAUGCAGGAAUCAUACUGAACGCCAUGUACACUAAUGAACUAGUGUGUGCCCUUCUGUUAAUUUCAGUAGUAAUACAACCUUGUCCCUUCCCUCAUCUCCAGUUUUUGCUACUAAUGUUGCCUGACAAGAGUCAAAAGGGGAGAUGUUGAAUUUUGAAGGUUACUUUCAUCCAUAAUCGUACUCUUUAGGAGAAAACACGAGCUUCCUUGCAUUCAAGAAAAAUGACUUAAUCAUUCUUCAAGAGAACGAAACUGGUGAUUCAAUAACAAAUUCUGGAUGGUGUAAAGGUUUAUGCGAGAGAACAGGUUUGUCUGGUGACCUGCCUGCAGAGUGUGUGUAUGUGCUACCCAUCCUAAGCAAACCAACUGUCGAUAUUUUGGUAAGAUUAAAAUCCUACAUAUUAUAGUGUUAAUUUUAAUAGGUCAUGUUAAUGUUAAGUGCAUCGUGUACACUAUAGGCGUAAAGCUCACCUUUAUUAUGCUUUUAUAUAAGAUACCAUUUGAACAAUUGUAGGCGCAAUUUGAAAGGCAAUCAAAAGAAGAUGCAGAGAAGAUCAUUGCUUCAGCGCAUUCAGCAUUACAUCUUGAUGACUUAGAAAUACCUGCACAACCUCACACUUUAGAGGAGUAUGCUAAAGAUCACUUCGUACCUCCCGCAGCAAGAACUAUCGGUAGAAGUGGAAUAAGGAAAGACAGGAACACAAUUUGGGCAUUUCAGAAGGUAAACCAUUUAGUUUUGGGUAAUUCAUUUAAUGAGCUAUAAACUAUUAUUAUCAGGGGUUGAAAUCUUGUGGGCGUCGUAAAUAUUUUUUAAAUUUUAACCCCUGAUUAUUAUUAUAGCAUGCUUCUCCAUGAAGAUUUUAUGAUAUUCUAUUAGUUUGUCUUAGAUUUGAUUAUACCGAUGCAACGUUUAAAAUUCUAUCAAAGCUUUAUAAGAGUUAAUUGAGUUGUUUUCAAGCUUGAAUUUUCGACACACAUUGCAAUUCAUGCAUACAUAUAACAAUGAGUAAAAGCGGUACCCAUAAAGCAUUAAACGAGGAGAAAGAUACAGGCCGUGCAGAUAGUACAUUAUUAAAAAAUUGAAACGUUUUUAUACGCCUUUGCAAUUUUUGUAUUGUCAGAGUAGGAUGUGGUGUCCAAGCAUAAAACCAUUUGGUUAGUUUUCGAUCGUCGGACUGAGAUAUUUCGUGGUAAGAUAUUUCGUGGAUAUUUCAAGGGCACUUACUUUGUAGACUUCAGUAUUUACACAGCUGGUGAUGCUGUGCUUGGUAUAAGAAUCAAAGUUUUAACUGAAUUCAAUUUGACUUUUUAGGAACCAAUCAAACAACCGUUGCUUCAGAGACUUAUAGGAAAAGAAGAUCUAUCUUAUAAAGCCACCCAAACAUUCUUAGAUAUCCUUUUUAUCAUUUGCAUAUUUUGCUCUGAAUGCAAGUACAGUGUUUUGUACAGUGUCAGUGAUAUUACAUACAGCUUCGCUGUAAUUUUGACAGAAAUAAGAGGGUCUGCGGCACGUACCUUUAUACCUUGCGUUGGUAGCUGUUGGAAGAUAUACAGAUAUACUUUCCUCCACUAUGGUGGACCUUUACCCUUUUACUGAUAAUGCGUUCCCAUGGUUCGAAAAUAUAUAAAAUGAAGUGUCGGUUUAUCAUGUUUCUUGCUGCUACCUAAAUAAAGGUUUUGUACGAGAGGUCAGGUUAGACAGGCACAAAUAUAAGUAUGACUCAAUAUUAUUAUGUUGACCUUAACAUUUUCACGUAUUCUAAAAUACAUGGGUGACUAUCCUUCAAAGAGAUCAAGAAGUACAACUGAGCUGACAGAUGAGAUUUUCGAACCUCCACUGAAUUCAGUAAGUUUAAAAUCUUGUUUGAUUAGCAUAAUCUUAAACUAGAAAAGUUAUUACACUUUCACUGUAACGUCGUCGUCUUCAAUAGACCGUAAAUGAUCUUACAAACACCAACUCUCUAAUGAACGCUUGAUGAAUAAUAGAUAGAUUUUGUAAUUCCAAUAGACCCUCUCUUAUCCAAUAAACACCGCCUCUCUGCUGGGGUGUUUAUUAGAUAUUUUGCAGCAUAGUGCAAUGGAGCUAUGAUCGAACGUUUCAGAGUUUCGACUUUUGUUCACUCUUCAAAGUUUUGAAAAAUGUUGCAUGUAAAGAAACGAAAAAAACCGUCCCUCUCUAACAGAUGCUCCUCCACUAAACACACUUCCUGACCAUGAUUAGAUCAUUAAUGGUACGUUCGUCACGUUAUUUUUAUAGGAAGCUAUGAGGGAUGAAGUGUACUGUCAGAUAAUCAAACAGUUGACUGGCAACAAAAUUAAGUAUGUCUUUGUUAACAAAAUGCGCUGUUCAUUGAUAAUAAAAAUUAAUACUAUCUCACAUAUUUCGUUUCCUGUAAUUGCAAGAUUAAAUUGUAAGCGAUUUACAGGUUACUACUUGAUUAAACUUAUUACUCCCUUGGUAUCUUGCUGUAUAGAUCGAGCGAAACGUUCGGCUGGGAAUUGAUGUGGUUGUGUACUGGAUUGUUUGCUUGCAGGUGAGCAUUGAGAAUUGAGUAUAUUUUGUACAGUACUGUAUAUUUUGAUCAUGCAAUGUAUGUACAUAAUGUAAAAUGCAUAUUAGGCAUGUGGAUGUCAUUCAAAUACUUUGAUCAAAACAAUUAUUUACCCAGAGUAGCGCUCUUAUCAAAAUGCUAGUUGGACCAGAAAUGUGUCAAAGACCGAGGUUUAAACUCUCCUAAAAUUUUCAAUCUACUUGAUUUAAUUUUCAAUUUUUGCCCGAGUAUUUUGAAAAAUGAGUUUUAAUGGUCAGAAUCGAUGAGCGUCAAUUCGCAAUUUGAUAUAUUUUUCAGUAUAAUUUGAUUCGUGCAUGGAGUUUAAAUUCACUGCAAUUACACAACAAUUACAUACACUGCACUUUAGUUCUAUCUCCGGCCUAAACAAUUUUUUUAAGCAAACUAAUCUUAAUGUUAUUUUUCAUACAGUAAUCAACUUCUUAAGGAUGUAAGCUUGUUCCUACAAUCAUGGAUGGGAACACAGCCAUAUGCAAAGGAAUGUAUCUUGCGCUUACAGAAGACAAUGAGAGUUGGUCAACGCAAGUAUCCGCCACAUAUUGUUGAAGUUGGUGCUAUCCAGGUGUGCGCAAAAUAUUUUUGAUUUAUCAAGUAUAAUUAAAAAAUAUGGAUUAUGUUAACAAAUAUUUAUAUAUAUUUUAAUUGUAUAUAUAAUUAUUUAAACAGCAUGGAACAACGCAAAUUUACCACAAAGUGUACUUUCCGGAUGACAAUCAUAAGGUUAGUACCUGGCACUGUAGAGAGAAAGAGUGAGGAAAUCCUAAAAUCUUUAACAACUGUCAGAAGAAUGAGAAAUCUUAAAACGAUACACAGUUGUCAUUCAUCUGCUAACUAGAUUCGAAUAAGGGAGGAAUAUUGAAGAAUGUGCGAGUAAUUUAAUAUUUGUAUACAAAAAUGUCAAGCUGCAUGCGCUGCAACUUGCAAUUUCGGACAGAGCGUUAUGUUUAAAAAUAUAUUAAAAGUAAAUUGUGCAGUGAGCAUGGACAGUAUUUGACUGUACUGAUAUUUUUCAUUCUCAUUCAUUUCGCGCUUCUCACCGGUAUGUUAGGCGAGGAAACGCUCGGCGGAGACGACAAGGGGCAAGUUCUCAACUUUACUGUGCAUGAAUACGUUUCACAUAACAUAACUCUGCGUUGCGUUGCAAGAAGUGAGCUCCUUAUAUAUCUGGAGUGAGAACAACCGCGCAGACGAAAAGGGUCUGGAACUGACGUCCAAUCAUUGCGUCCUAUAGCUCCUUCAAUUUCCGCUCUGUUGGCAAGUAGUGUGCCGAAAUUUCGUAUUUCGACAUCUAUUUAAAGAAUAACACUAUGGUUUUAUGAACUGAUAACUUGGUUAGCGAUACGGUCGGUUAGAAAAAACUGGAUUUAGCUGGGAAAAGUGGUAUAAAAACUGUUUACGACCUUCAGAGCUAUUGGACGUCAAUUCCGCCACCUUGGUUUCACUUUUCUCAUAGGCCGAAUGACUAAGUUCUUGCUCCAGAUAUAUAUGAAGCUCACCGCUGUUUGCAAGUUGCAGCAAAAAUUGCCUCGUGCAUGCAUAGCCUUUACUUCUCGCUGUGCAAACCCUCUCGGGUUUACACUACGAGCCUAAGCCUGGCCUAGGCCUAGCUUUGAACUAGAUUUUUGCAGUGUAAACGCACUUCGGGUUGGCCUAGGCCAGAAAAUCUUGGCCACCUGUUCUGAUGGUCCCAGAUUUCCUGGCCUAGACCAGACCGAAGUGCGUUUACACAACAAAAAUCUAAUCCAAAGGUAGGCCCAGGCCAGGCUUAGGCUCGUAGUGUAAACACGGUUUAUAUCUCAGAUGUGUCGUUAUUGGAUUAAUAACGCAGACUGAGAUAACUUGAUAUUAUCAUAGUGACUAUAUUUAUAUUAAUAGAUGAGCAUAUAAUGCGACUAAUUGUUUUAAAAUAUUCGAAAGUAACCGUAUACGUACUUUUGGAAUAACUGGAAAACGAGCUUUUGAGAAAGUAUUUGCUUGCCCUUUUUAGGCAUUUGAAAUCGACUCUGGAACCAAAGCAAAGGAUCUCUGCACAUCUAUUGCGCAGAGGUUGGAUCUGCAAUUGUCUGAAGGCUUCAGUCUUUUCGUGAAAAUAGCAGACAAAGGUAACGAUUCAAACUGUGGACGUUCCACUAUACAUUUGAUAGGAUAAUGAUUUAUUUACAAGGAAAUUUUUCAACAAUUGAAGGUAAUUCAGAGCAUGCAUCCUUCUAUUAACAUUGUUUAAUGAAAUUGCAUUUAACGACAGUCUAACACACGCUUCCGGAAACUACAUCACUUUGGCUAUACAGCCUCGUUUUAGUGAGACGUUGGGCUUUCCAGAGUGACGUAUUGCUGGUAGGGUGUAUUGUGACGAUGUUUGUUUGUUUGCUGAAUUUUUAUUUUUAUUUUCAGUUAUUAGUGUUCCUGAAGGUGAUUUCUUCUUUGACUUCGUACGCCAUUUGAUGGAGUGGCUCAAAAAGACAAGAGCGACUUCUGCAAGUAUGAUUCCACAAUGAUAUUUUUCUUACUCAAGCUUUUGGAAAAAUAGCGAGAUUUAUGGGUAUCUUAUUUUGUUAGAUUUCAAAAUGGAUUCGUCUUCCACUAUCAGUUAUCAAGUGUUCUUUAUGAAGAAACUUUGGAGCAACACCGUUCCAGGAAAGGAUCCAGCAGCAGACUGUAUAUUCCAUUAUCACCAGGUUAGUUUAGGAUCCAAUACAAUGAUUAGAUUCACACGAAAGUUUAGCCGCAUUCUUGAAGUAUGUAUAGUAACUCUGUAUGUUGCAUGGAUGACUCUCUGUUUUUUAGCAGGCAAUUUCAAAACAUGACAAUAUGCACAGUGAUGAUAUUUUCGCGGAUUAUAAUUUUUGCCUUUAAUACCGAAAGUAUAAACGCUCAUGAGUUUAUGUCGUUUUUAUAUAUCGGUUAUACUUCUAUCGGUUCUGCCAAAACGUAAAUGUUCUCACUACAGAGAUCGAGCAACGGCCAUCGCUUCUUUAUGAUGCAGUGUUGCUGCAAGAGGGUAACGGAGUACCCAAACCUCUUCAAUAAACUGCAUAUUCCACAAACCGAGAUGAAAGACGCAUGAACCCCGCCGCCAAACUAUAACAACACCGAUCACGCAUAUCAUAUAAUUUUGUUCUUGUUAGGAACUUCCUAAGUAUUUACGUGGUUAUCACAAGUGUACUGUAGAUGAUGCUCUUCAACUGGCCGCUCUUAUCUACAGAGUGAAAUUUGGUGAUGAUAAAACACAAUUCCCAAACAUUAAGUAAGUUCGAUGUAGCAAUAAUUGCAGAGAUCGUAAUUCCAAUAGAUUGUUCGCGUAAAGUGAUAGGGUAACAAUAUUAACUCGUAAAUCAUAUCGAGUUUAAUUUCAACCCUUUGAAGAUUGCGCAUUGCGUCCAAAAAUUGACUUAAACCGCUUAUACCUGUCACGUUUUAGGAAGAGUCACUAGUUUUAGACUUUUGUAAUUUUGUAUUCUUUUGUAUUUUAAACUUAAUCCUAAUCCUAAACCUAUAACCCUAACUCUUACUCUAAUUCUUACUUUAAUCCUAACCUUAAUCUUAAUCCUAAUCCUUUCCCUAAUCCAAACACUAAUCCUAACCCUAAAAGUCUAAAAAUAGUAACUGUUCCUAAAUCGUGACUCAUAUGAAACCACUUCUUUAGAUUCGCUGCACUUAAUGAUGGAUAGCAUUCAUUAGGUGCAAAACAAAAUUGUGUCGGCUUGAUAUACCGGUGGGGCAGUCCGGAAGCCUGAAUAAGAAAGUGUAGUAUAAAACUCGUGUUCAUUUGGAACACAGAUAAAAUCAAUAUAUUUAGAUUGAAGUGCAUAAAAAUAUUCACGAUCAUGCAUGCCAGAAAAAAAUCAAAUAAUACUGCCGUUAGCAUGCAAACAAAAUCUUAACAACUAUGUUCUGUCUUAAAUAUGCACACAGUGUUCUCUUGUAUGCUAUCAAGCACAAAAAAGUACAUUACUUACGUUAAAAGGUAUAUGCUUGAGUGCAACAUAUAGCAUGGAAUUUAAUGAUAUUUUAUAAUGAACAGUGCUAGUGUAUUACCGUGGUAGGUUUUUUUACGGCAAUUUUAAACGAUUCCUUUUACACUUUUAGCAAAAUGAUGCGUGAAUUGGUUCCAUAUGAUAUUCAAAAUCAGCGAAGCCCAGAUGACUGGAGAAGGGUUAGUGUUCUUAUAGUUUAUUUAUUAGUUGUGUCAUUUUCAAUCUAAUUCUUGUUCAUAAUCAUGAUAUUGUUCAUUUGCCUCAGUCCCAGGAUUGAAGAAACACUCGAGCUCAGUGCGCCAAUAAAAGAAUCCAAAAUUAUUGAAUGUUAAAUAUUUUUAGUUUUACUUGCCAAUAAAAGCAAACCGCUUACAGAAACUAGCCGCUAGUGUUUCAUCCAUUGCAUGACAUGGAUAUUUACAUUCUUUAUAGGUUUUAUAUAUCAACAAGCGUGAGAAACGUGUGUAAUGAUCAGUCACAUUUUGCUGCCAGAAACAUUUCGAUAUCUCGCACCUGGAUUCAUGAACUAUUUUUGAUUUCAUUUUCAGGGUAUUGUAGCUGCAUUUAACAAACAUGCUGGAAAAACACAGAAUGAUGCCAAAGUUUCGUUCCUGAAAAUUGUUUAUCGUUGGCCAACAUUUGGGUCUGCAUUCUUUGAAGUCAAGGUUUGUAUGAUAAUUGGUACUGGAUGCAUGGGAAAAGGCGACAUAGGAGCACUAAGAAAGUUUCAAAGGCGUCAUUUUCGAUUAUAGAAAAGUCAUUUUCUCAUUUAUUUGUCAGAUAAAGAGGAUUUUUGGGAGACGCCAGACACCAAAAUGUCCACCAAUGUAUAGAGUUUUCCCAGUUAUAUCAUAAUGAAUUAGAUAGCAAAAUAUGCUUUUAUAAUAAUCAGACUAACUAUAAAAAUCCGUGCUAUACCUGGAUUUACUUGGAGCGCUUUUAUAUAUCCUUCAUCUUGUUUGACUGAGAAAACAGAGGGAUUGCAAUGUUUUCAUUCACCUCGAUGAACGCCCCAAUAUUGACAGGACUACCAGUACGGAAAAGAACGAUAAGAUAUGCAUGAGUACUAAAUGGUUUGAUGUAUAUUCUAAUCUUGGUAUGAUUGGUUGGUAACUCCAUUAAGUUGAAAUUGCAUUAUCUUGAUGCAGUUGAUGUGAUUGAUGUUGUUCCCAAAAACAACUUAUUUCCUUAGUGUGCGUGUGCCACUAUUCAUUAUAUCCAUUUAUAUUCUAUAGCAAACAACUGAACCACAUUUCCCAGAGCAACUGAUUAUUGCAAUAAACAAACAUGGCGUGAGCCUAAUUAACAGGCAAACCAAGGUAAAGUGACGCGCUUCUAUCAUGUUCAGGGCCUGGGUAAAUUUGUUCCCUAGCGUCACCGGUUUUGAGACAAUAGUGAAUUUGGGAAAAACGGCAAUUCUAGUUAGCCUGUAUAAUUCGUCUUCAAAUUACGACUAUACGUUAUUUACGUCACUUUUACGUCUCUUAACGGCGCAAACACUUAUAACGUUCCAAGUUGUUUAAAUUAAGGUGUUUGCAGUUGUGAAAUCACUGACUAUAGUGGUUCUUAAAACGAUUCUUUUAUAAAGAUAAGAAGCAAAUAAAGUUUAAUUAUGCAUGCUUUUGCUCAAAUACAAAAAUGUAAGUAAUUUUGUUUUCUGCCGUCGCCGUUCUAACUUUCCAUGGUCACUAAAUAUCGUUAACAUAAUAAUAUAGUUUUUUUAUGCGGUUCCCAAACCAAGUUAAGUUUCACAUCGCUUUAUAUUCGCUGCGUGAGUUUAUAAACACUAAACAGUCUGUUAGUUCCUUUGUCUGUUCUCUGCUGUUAGUCGGUUAGUCGCGGUUAGUUUCUUCAUGAUCAUAAGCCUUGGUAUUUAUUCAAAAAUAGUAUGUCUUCGCGCUUGUGGUGCAUUUGUUUUGCGCAUGCUCCAGGGCACCGUAAAUAAUAUUAUCCCUGCAUCUUCUGCAUUAAGAGAAGACCCAAAUAAAAGAUGUUCAAUCCCUCGACUUAGUUCUCUAACACACAUCUUUGUUUCCACAGGAUAUUCUUGAAACGUAUCCUUUCACUAAGAUCUCGAACUGGAGCAGUGGUAAUACGUACUACCAUAUGACAAUUGGUAACCUUAUGAAAGGAAGCAAGUUCUUGUGCGAGACAUCUCUGGUAAGUGUAUUGGGGAAGCGAGUGAUGACUCCUUUGCAACUGACAUGAAAAUAAUUCUACUACAGGGCUGUUUAAUGAUUAGUCGGCUUACACUAUCGAGGUUUCUUUACUUAAAUAAUACAGUUUGGUCAAGUUGUGGGAAACUUUGAUAAAACUAAAGUAUGAAAUAUAUACUUCAAAAGUUUAAUUACUCUCGAAUACACAACUCUGCCUAAUUUCUCUAUUAAGCCCCCUUCUAACGUAAGCUCCCAUGCAUCUCUAAUAAGGCCGAUCUUGAUCGAUAAAGCACGUGCAGUUGUGAAUUUUCGCUCUCAUAUAUAUACAUAUAUAUAUAUAUGAAAAAUCUUCAGACAAAUCAACAGAAAAUGUUUCACAUAUUGUUAUAUUUGUAACUUAAUUUAGAUAAAUUGAGAAUUAACAAUCUUGGAAUGUUUGUAAUGACAAAGUAGGAUUUUUAGACAAAAUUGUCACAUUGGCAUUAAUUUUAUUAUAUUAAUGAAAAAAACAAUUGGGAAAGGGUUUUAUUUACAAUAAACGAGCAAUUUCUUGACUAGCACGGUUGUUCUGAUAUUGUGGACUAUAUCAUUUUAUAGCUUUGAUUAUCAUCCAUCAAACCUAACGUUUUUGGCAUAUUUUAAAUUUUUUUUACAUUAAACGCUAACGGCAAACAUAUCACAAACCGUCUUUCUUUUAAACAGGGUUAUAAAAUGGAUGAUCUUCUAACCUCGUACAUAUCAAUGAUGUUAACAAACAUUAACAAAGGAAAACGUGGUGCAAUUCAUGGCGAAAGACUGUGAGGUUGGUCAAUGUAGUUAUUCCCUGACAUCAUGCGCAUAAAUUGCACGUUCAUACCAAAUAUCAAUGGCGUGGGCUUUUCGUUGUCACUUCCAAUUUAUCAAUAGCAAAUUUUUAAAUGUCAUCGAGAUGGUAAUUCAAGAAAACAAACCUGUCGGUUGCUUGCAUGAGCGAACACACUUGAUAUAAAUGAACCGACCACCUUUUGGCGGUAUAGACAAAACACAUAAAUCAAUUCUGUUGACUAUUAUUUAUUUUUAUGUUAUGAAAUGCAGUAAAACAGCAAGAGAAAGCUAUUUUAUAAAGAAUUAUGAUCUACUAUUUAUAACAUAGCACCAGUCCAGUUCAAGGCCGGAUUUUUGUGGAAAUGAUGGGGAAGGGGGAAAUAUUUAGGGGAGGUGCAGCGAUCUAGCAUGCAGACCCCAUGGAAAGUUUGGGCUUAGAAUGUACCCCCUAAAGCCAACUACGUGACGUAUGCAUGUGCUGUGUACUGCAUAUAUGUAUCAGUGUAUUCAUAAAUUAUGACCGUACACGACUGAUUCAAUUUCGCCCUUCAUCACAUUUUAUUACUACAAAGUUUCUUUUCGAAACAUACCAUUCCAAACUUGACACAGUGAUGAUGGCCAUCAGGAUCUCAAAUUUCCAGAAAAACUUUCUUACAAAGUGUAGACGCCAAGCAACAUACAAAAAGUUGUCACUUUCAGUUUGAUCUAUUAUUACUUUUCAAGGGAGGUGCAAAACGAUCUCAGGUGAAGUGCAAUUCGUGGCCAUGCUCCAGCCACAUAUAACAAAUACGAAAAUCUUUUCUAUUUCUUUUACUAGUCGUUCGAAGGCAACAAAUAAACAAUCUGGAUAUUUGGGUAGCAAACUGCCCGAAUUCAUUAUUUGGAGAUAAAUUUUUGGAACAAGAUUACAUUGCAGGAUUCAGAAUUACAUGUGCUUACAUUCCUACUAACUGUUGUUGCCGAAUUUAAAUAAUUUUAUUUCUCUAUGCAAUAUUUAUUUCACUAUUCUUUUAUGUCCGUCAUUAUAGACUAACAAUUUAUGAAUUAAUUUUUCUAUUUUCUUAAUUUAUCGAUAUUUAUUGUUCUUCCAAUAAAAAAAUUAAUUAGGGUACUUCAUUUAAUAAUAUUAUAAUUUGUUAUUUACUACAUUUGGUAUUUUAAUUUUUUGUACAUUUGUCAUUUUUGUCAUCACAAUAAUAAAUAUUUUAUUCAUCG